AUGUCGCACGUCGUCUCCCCCCUGGACCUUCCAUCCAGUUAUAAGGACAGCCAGUCCGAGCUGGACAGGGAGACUGAGCGUCGUCUUCUGUCGCACUCGUGCACUCUGUACGUCGGCAACCUGAGCUUCUACACCACCGAGGCUCAGAUGUAUGAGCUCUUCUCCACAUGUGCCAAACCCGAGGAGGGAGGUGGUAUCAAGAGAAUCAUCAUGGGUCUUGACCGUCAUCAGAAGACCCCCUGUGGUUUUGCCUUUGUUGAGUACUACCUUCACUCCGAGGCCGUAGCCUGCCUGCGCUACAUUUCUGGUACCAAGCUCGACGAGCGCAUCAUCCGUUGCGAUCUGGACCCUGGUUACAAGGAGGGUCGCCAGUUUGGACGUGGACGUAGCGGUGGCCAAGUGCGUGACGAGUUCCGUCAAGAGUACGACAGUGGACGAGGUGGUUGGGGUCACCAGCGUCUCGAGCUUGAGCGUCGCCAGCAGGAGCAAGACCGUCUCCGUACCCAGGUGCAGUUCGACACGUACGCCGCCAUUGGUGGUCUCGGCCAGGCUGGUGCCGAUGUGCCCACUGGUGAGGCUGCUGAGCGCAUCAAGCGUGCGAGGAGUGAGGAGGAGGAGGAGGAGGACUAUGAGCGCCGCGACGAGGAUGAGGGCAAGAGGUUCCGCGGCGGCGACGACGAGUAG